UCGGCUCCGCGGUUGUGCGAGCGCGGGCCCGGGUCUCUGCUCGGGCCAGGCUCCUGCGGCGCUGGCCGGGCUGAGCCCACGUGCGCCGCGGGGCCGGGAGGCGGGCUACGACGCAGCCUCGCCUCCUCCACACUCCCUCCGGCGGGAGGUGGCGGCGGCUGGGCCGGCGGCGGAGCGCAGGGGCCGUGCCCGUGCCAGCCGGCCCGCCGUGAGUCGCUGCGCGCUGUGCCAUGGGGCCGGAUCCGGGCUGGGCCGCGCUGGUGCUGCUCUUCGCCGCCUCGCUGCUCACCGUCGCGGCCUGGCUGCUUCAGUACUGGCGGUCCGCGGCCCUGCGGGCGGCGCGGCGGCGCGGGGCGGUGACGGAGGAGGCCGGGGCCCGGGCGCUGCUCGCCGCGCUCCUCGCUCUCCGAUCGCUGCGGGAGCAGUGGCAGCGGGCCUGGGUGCGAGCCCUCAACAGCCAGGCGCGCCGGCACGGGAGUUCAGUGCAGAUAACGUUUGAAGAGGGUUCUCAGCUACCACCAGCCGCAAAUAUAAGUCAUGUGACAUGCAAGGGACAGUCGGACUGCAGCAUGGUGCUGUGUUGCCAUCUGUCAGCUGAAGCUGUGAAAUUCCCUGUGUCUGUUACUCAGCAGUCCCCAGUUGCUGUUUCUGUGGACACCUAUCAUGUCACUUUGGCUGUGCUGCAGGCUCAGGUGGAGAUCCACUUGGAGGAGAUUCAGAAUGAAGGUCUCCUGGUGUCGUGGACAUUCAAGGACAGACCGGACAUGAACCUUUCCGUUCUUCCGAGACUUCAACUUUGUGAGAAUGAAGGGAGAGCAGACCUGUCCACCAUAAAGGAUCUGAUUGAAGAUACCAUUAUCAGCACACAGCCAGCCAUGACAGUGAAUCUGAAGGCCUGCGCUGCUGGAGCUGGUGCAGUUACCAGCGAUAAGUUGACUCGAGAGUCACUGUCCAGAGUAGCCCCUCUGGGUUCUAAGCUGUUGCUCCGGAAUCUUCGAGUGCUGAACUUGGGCUGCCAGGGGAAAGGAGGACUUGAGGAGAUAUGCUGUGUGGCAGAACUAGACAGCCCCCUGCAGCAGAAGUGGACGAGGCCGGUGACAGCGAGCAGUGCCAGCGCUGUGGCAGAAAUGGAGUGGAAUGAGGAGCUGUUUCUGGAGUUGGGACACAGAAGUAGAGAGCUGAAGCUACAGGUGCUGGGGAGCAGCGACAGAGGGGGAAGUGUGUUGCUGGCACAUACCACGCUUUUGCUUGAUUCUUUGGGCAAACAAUCUUCUGGGAGACAGGUCUGCUCACUGGCCCCAGCAGCCGGGUGGUCACUGGCGGCUGAAGCUACCAUUACGUUGGAGCUGCUAUUCCAGGAGUCUCCUGUAUCUUUGAACACUCAGCAUGCUCCAUCUCUGCGAACCAGCAUCACCCCCACUAAGAAGGUGGAGAUGGACCGGACCAUCAUGCCUGAUGGCACCAUCGUGACCACUGUCACCACGAUUCAGUCCCGGCCCAAGGCAGACUGCAAAAUGGAUUCACCAUCGAGGUCGCCUUCCAAGGUGGAAGUGACUGAAAAGAAGACAACGGUGCUUUUGGAAAGCAGCUGCCCUUGCAGCCCCUUGCCCAGCAGCAGCUGGAAUAGCUAUAUGCCCAACGGCUUGGAUCCGGUGGCUGAGACGGCGAUCAGGCAGCUGACUGAGACAAAUAACAAGCCUGCCAAGAAGACCCCAACGAAACGUAGCACGCUGAUCAUCUCGGGAGUUUCCAAGGUACCUAUCGCUCAAGAUGAAAUGGCACUUUCUCUGGGUUAUGCUGCAUCCCUGGAGGCCACAGCAUACAGGGAUUCUGUGGCAGAGGGCACAGGCGAGUGGAUGCACGAUUCUACUGAAUCAUCACAGCUGCUGGAAUCGUCGCCGUCUAGACAGAGAGCCGGUCAGGAGCUGGAUGAGACAACACGGUCGGACAUCUCCGAGAGGCCAUCGGUGGAAGAUGUUGAGUCUGAAACUGGUUCCACAGGAGCACUUGAGACCAGGAGCUUGAAAGAUCACAAAGUUAGCUUUCUUCGGAGUGGAACCAAGCUCAUCUUCCGGAGGAAGAGUAAGCAGAAGGAGGCAGGCCUAAGCCAGUCGCAUGAUGACUUGUCCAGCAUUGCCACCGACUCCGCUGCCGGGAAGAAAGCCGGCAGCUUCUCCCAUCGCCUCAUCAAGCGCUUCUCCUUUAAGUCUAAAUCCAAACCCAAAGUUAGUGACAGCGUGACGGCAGGUACUGGACCAAAUACCCACUCUGAAUUUGUAUGUGCUCUUUUGUACUUUGAUGCCUUCUCUCUGGGUGGAUUUAUUUUAAUCCUGAAUCAUUUAGAGGAGAGAAAAAAAAAAAAGAAAAAGGAACCAUGUAGCUAUUUAAGAGAUGAAAAUAAAAUUACUUAAUUCGGGCUAAAUGAAUGAAGUUCUUGCACCUUUGUAAAUGUUGAAGAAGAAUUCCAUUGCUGUGUAAUGGCUGAACCUGUUAACUUAUUAAACCACAUGGAAAUCAAAACCUGA